AUGUCUAAAACAAGCCUCAGUAAUAAAUUGUCCAUUAAAGAUGUCGAAUUAAAAGAUAAGCGAGUUCUUAUCCGAGUUGACUUUAAUGUUCCAUUUCAAGAUGGAAAAAUAUCUAAUAAUCAGCGUAUCGUUGAAGCUUUGCCAACGAUUAAUUAUGCCUUAGACAAUGGAGCAAAAGCCAUUAUAUUGAUGUCUCAUCUAGGUCGUCCAGAUGGAAAAAGGAAUCCAAAACUUUCUUUAAGGCCAGUUUCUGAGGAACUCGGUCGUUUAAUGAAUAAGGAUAUUCUAUUUCUUGAAGAUUGUGUCGGCCCUGAAAUAGAGAAAGCUGCGGCAAAUGCGACCGGAGGACAAGUUAUUCUUCUCGAAAAUCUUCGCUUUCAUAUUGAGGAAGAAGGUUCCGCAAAAGAUGAGCAAGGAAAAAAAAUAAAAGCAUCAGCGGAAGAUGUUGCUAAAUUCCGUGCUUCUCUAUCUAAACUUGGUGACAUCUAUAUCAACGACGCAUUUGGAACAGCUCAUCGUCCUCAUAGCUCCAUGGUUGGUGUUGAUUUGCCAACUCGCGCUGCUGGUUUUUUGCUAAAAAAAGAAUUAGAUUUCUUUGGCAAAGCCCUAGAAAAUCCCGAAAGACCGUUCUUGGCUAUUCUCGGGGGAGCAAAAAUUUCAGACAAAAUCCAAUUGAUUAACAAUCUUCUCGAUAAAGUAGAUUCCAUGAUUAUUACUGGUGGCAUGGCUUUCACUUUCAAAAAAGUUCUUGAGAAUGUAGAGAUUGGAAAUUCUUUAUUUGAUGAGGCGGGUUCAAAAACAGUUGCUAAUUUAGUUGAAAAAGCCAAAAGCAAGAAUGUAAAGUUGGUCUUUCCGGUUGAUUAUGUGACGGCAGAUAAGUUUGACAAGGAUGCCAAUACUGGUUAUGCUACUGAUGAGACAGGAAUUCCAGCUGGAUGGUUAGGUCUUGACUCUGGUGCGAAAACAAACAAGAUUUUCAGGGAAACUAUCUUAGAAUCAAAAACGAUCCUUUGGAAUGGUCCAACUGGUGUUUUUGAAUUUGAAAAAUUUUCAGUUGGCACGAAAUCCGCCCUGGAUGCUGUGAUCGAAGCAACAAAUAACGGUGCGACUGCGAUUGUAGGCGGUGGUGAUACAGCCUCUGCAGCAGCUAAGUGGGGUGCUGUAGAUAAAAUCUCUCAUGUUUCUACAGGAGGUGGUGCCUCCUUGGAAUUGCUUGAAGGCAAAGAACUACCUGGCGUUUCCGCCCUUUCAUCUAAAUAA